UGUCACAUAAAAUAUAUAUAUUAUAAUAGAUAUAUAUAAAAAUUAAAAUAUAAAAUGGGUUUCCGUUUCUUAGAUAUCGUCAAACCAUUUACCUCAAUUAUUCCAGAAGUUGGUCAACCAGAUAGAAAGGUUCCAUUCCGUGAAAAGGUAUUAUGGACUGCUAUUUGUUUAUUUAUUUUCUUAGUUUGUUCACAAAUCCCACUUUAUGGUAUUAGAUCAACCGAUUCAUCAGAUCCAUUCUAUUGGGCUAAAGUUAUUAUGGCUUCAAAUAGAGGUACUUUAAUGGAAUUAGGUAUUUCACCAAUUGUUACUUCUGGUAUGGUUAUGCAAUUAUUAGCUGGUGCUAAAUUAAUUGAAAUCGAUCAAUCUGUUAAACAAGAUAGAGAUUUAUUCUCAGCUGCCCAAAAAUUAUUCGGUAUGUUAAUUUGUAUUGGUCAAGGUACAGCUUAUAUUUGGUCAGGUACAUAUGGUGAUCCAUCAGUUUUAGGUUUUGGCAAUUGCUUCUUAAUUGUUUUACAAUUAUUCUUUGCAGGUAUUAUUGUCAUGCUUUUAGAUGAACUUUUACAAAAAGGUUAUGGUAUUGGUUCAGGUAUUUCACUUUUCAUUGCCACCAACAUUUGUGAAACUAUUAUUUGGAAAACAUUCUCACCAACCACCAUCAACACUGGUAGAGGUACCGAAUUUGAAGGUGCAGUCAUUGCUCUUUUCCACUUAUUACUCACCCGUAACGAUAAAGUCAGAGCCCUCAAAGAAGCCUUCUACAGACAAAACCUUCCAAAUGUCACUAAUCUUUUAGCCACCGUUUUAAUUUUCUUAGUUGUUAUUUAUUUCCAAGGUUUCCGUGUAGAUCUUCCAGUCAAAUCAACUCGUGUCGCUGGUCAACAAGGUACUUACCCAAUCAAAUUAUUCUACACCUCAAAUAUUCCAAUUAUUCUUCAAUCAGCUUUAGUUUCAAAUCUUUAUUUCAUCUCACAAUUAUUAUACCGUCGUUUCCCAGACAAUAUUUUAAUUAAUUUACUUGGUGCAUGGAGAAAUUCCGAAUAUGGUGGUUACAUGAUCCCAACUGGAGGUCUUACCUAUUACAUUUCAUCACCAAAUAACAUCAGCGCCGUUAUUGCCGAUCCAUUCCACGCUUUAUUCUACGUUGUUUUCAUGUUAACUUCAUGUGCCCUCUUCUCUAAAGUUUGGAUCGAAGUCUCUGGUUCAUCUGCUCGUGACGUUGCCAAACAACUCAAAGACCAAGGUAUGACCAUGAAAGGUCAUCGUGAUACUUCAGUUAUCAAGGAACUCAACCGUUACAUUCCAACUGCUGCUGCCUUUGGUGGUCUUUGCAUUGGUGCUUUAACUGUUAUUGCCGAUUUCUGUGGUGCCAUUGGUUCAGGUACAGGUAUUCUUUUAGCCGUUACUAUCAUUUAUCAAUACUUUGAAACCUUUGUUAAAGAACAACAAGAAUUAGGUGGUUUAAGUGGUUUAUUCUAAAUUUAAAUCAAUAAUUCAAAAAUAAUUCUUUAAAAAAAAAAAAUAAUAAUAAUAAUCCAGUAAAAUAAUACAACCUAUAUAAUUUUAAAAAAAAAAAAUUUAUAAAAAAAAAAUAAAAAAAAAAUUU